AUGUCGAAGCACGCAAAGUCUAUCCUCGAUGUACAAGCCGUGCGACCAGACCGUGACAAUAACCGUUACUGGGAGACCAGAUUUCAUGAUUAAUGUUUACUCGAAGGUUACCGAAACCCCGCUAAAAGCAGAAUCACCGAGAUUGAGGACCAUUACAUCGUCGCUAAGAGACCCUUCGAGUUAGCAAUUCCUUCAACUGAAUGGGACACCUUGCACAUCGAAAUCACUUCUAAGAUAUCGAACGAUGAUGCUGUAAAAAACUGA